GCCGCCUGAUGACGUUUCUCGUUCGGCGGGUUAUUUUCGAUGCAGUGGCGCUUUUGAUGUAAACAAACACACAGACGAACGGUCGGACGGACGGAGGUCAGCGGGAUGAACUGCGACCAACUACUGCUCCACCCGCGGGUCAGCGCUGCCCUGAGGAGAGUUCAGCUAAAGUCUGUGCAGGAUGUGGUCUGUGCUUCUGCUCCAGACCUGCAGAGACUCACCGGUUUGUCCAACUCUGAUGUCCAGCAGCUGAUCACUGCUGCCACUGCCACCUGCAGAAGGCACCCUCCAAUCACAGCACAGCAGCUGCAGCACGGCGUGUCUGGCGCCCAGCUCAGGCUCGGCUGUCCAGUUCUGGACCGCCUUUUGAGGGGCGGUUUGCCUGUGGGGGGCAUCACUGAGCUGGCUGGAGAGAGUGGCACCGGCAAGACUCAGGUGGGCCUGCAGCUCAGCCUCUCGGUGCAGUACCCAGCAGAGCACGGAGGGCUGGGAGCAGGUGCGUUGUAUGUCUGCACUGAGGACUCGUUUCCCAUUAAGCGUCUGCACCAGCUGAUUGGCGAGCAAGUCUGUCUGCGUUCUGACGUUCCUGCGGACCUUGUAAGCAGUCUUCGCUUCAGCGACCACGUUUACAUUGAGCAUGCCGCCGACCUGGAUUCCCUCCAGGUGUGCCUAACACGCCGCGCCCGCCUCCUACUGGCACGCGGUCUGGUGCGCCUAAUCGUGGUCGACUCAGUGGCAGCGCUGUUCAGGGCCGAGUUCCAGGCCGAUGAUUGGCUAGAGAGAAACAGACAGCUACUCACCUUCUCCUCCACGCUACAUCACCUGAGUCAGGAGUUCAGCACACCUGUGCUCUGCAUCAACCAGGUGUUUGUUUUCCAGGUAACAGAUGUUUUCAGCCAAUCACACAACAGUAUGGGGCCUUCGCCGUCCACUGUGUCUCCUGCUCUUGGGUUGGCGUGGGCCAAUCAGGUGAUGGUUCGGCUGAUGAUGCGCCGUCUCCAAGGAACGGUCAUCCGUGGUGACCAGAGCAGUGCUCUCCGCAGGUUGGAGGUGGUGUUUGCGCCUCACCUGGCACAUGACGGACAAGACGCUGCCGUGUGGAGGGAGGGGCUCAGAGGAGUUGAGAGCUGGACUUCAAAUAGAAAAUAAACUUUAUUAAACAGCAUCAGUAGCAUCAGAUUAUUAAAGAGUGAUCACACUGUUUCCUGACUGUUCUGAAGGUUGUGGACACUGAUGCAUUGACUGGGGGUCAGACAGGUGUGUUAGUGGCCUCAUAUCUCUUUGAUCUGGACAGAAUGAGCCGGGAGGUCCAGACUGAUACAUGAUCCUGAUUCUGCUGUGCAGGUGGACCCUGGUCUGUUCAGGAGCCUAUGAUUCGGUUCUGGUUGACCCGCUAAAGUGGAUUCAGAUUAUUUUCAGACUGAACCUUUUAAAUGUCAUUUGACAUGAUUUGGUGACUGAACACAUUUAACAGGAAGUGUAAUCAGAUUACAGCAGAAAUAGAAACAGUGUCUGCAGCAGCCUGAAAGUGUUGUCAGCCUGAUCGUUAAGCAGGCGUUCACAUCAGCUUCCUGCUGUGACUUGUUUAUCCAUUUAAAUAUGUUACUGCUUUGAGGAUCCAGUUUUAAAUCUUGUUACGUGUCUCGAUGGUUUGGCGCUGCAUUCCUGCACUCUACCAGGUCACUGCGGCCUGUGAAACAGCUAAUCUUGGAUGUUUCUUGAUCCAGGCUAAAAACAAUAUUCAAUGUUGAUUUAGUAACUUUUAUGCACUUUUUUCAGCUGAGGUUUUUAAAUGUGCUAUAGAAGUAACCUUUUUACUUGACAUGAAUGUCCUGAGUAAAAAAACAAAAAAAGCUUUUUGUUGAGGACCAACAGUGAUGCUGUGUACGAGAAACUCUACUUUCUAAAGAAGCUCGGGUCCUUUAAUGUGUGCAGGAGGAUGUUGGAGAUGUUCUACCAGUCUGUGGCAGCAAGCGCCGUUUACUCUGCUGAAGGGCAGCAUCAGUGCAGAGAUGCAGCUGGAUCAUCAAACUAAUCCACAAGACUGCAAGCAUCAUUGGUCAGAAUUUGGAAGCGUUUGAGUCGGGGAGGGUCAGAGAGGUCACAGAACAAAUUGCUCUCUAUCAUGGACAGCCCAUCACCCCCACAGUAGAGCUCGUCCUCCGUCAGACUGAUUCAACCUCACUGUCACUGACACUGCUAUCAUGUGUGAACACGUGUUUCUAUUGUAGCCUCAUGCAGCUGCUUUUCUUAGAUUUGUGAUUAUUGUUCAUAUUAUUUAUUAAUGUAAUUUUUUCUCCUACACAGUGUUAGCUAAAAGACAAACACUAAAGCACUUUUCUUUGCUUUUUUAAAAUUUGUAUCAUAGCAUAAGGCAGGGGUCGGUCACCUUUCUGAUAAUGAGUGCCAUCUAAAAUUUCCUCAGAAGUCAAUGUGCCAUAUCAACCAUUGCAUUAGCAAUAAAUUUAAUAACGCUCUAUAUCAACAGUUACACACUAUAUAGAACAACUUUAUAGAUCUAUAUUUGUUCGCACUUGUUGGUAUAGUACAGUAUUGUAUUUGUGUGUAUUUCCGUGGUGCUGAUGCUGCGCUGAGUGGACAGCUCUGAGGCAUCUGAAGUGUCGGAAUGUGGAAAUUUCAACAUCGCUUGAAAAAACUGCCAGCUAGCAAGGUCCCUCUCACCGGUAGGCUACGUGAUUUUUAGCCAAUUACAAGUUGAAUCUGGUAAUUGGGUAAUUAGCUAAGAUACCGUCAUUAAGAAGCGACACAACUAAUGUGUCUAUGCGAGCUAACUUGCGAUGUGCAUCGGUGCCCUUUAUUUUUAAUGCACCUUCUCAGAGUAAUUCACUGCGUGUCGUGCCAUCAGUUAACCCUUUUCGUGCCAGCUGUGGCACGAGUGCACAGGGUUGCCGACCCCUGGUAUCCUUAUACCAGGGGUCGGGAAAGGGAUUGUUACUUAAUUGAUCCAAACAUUUCAUUCAUUUUGUAGUUUGAAAACCAAAACCGUCAGACUAUUGCCUCGCACGGAUCUUUGUCGCAGCCUAUCCUCUAGCUCGGCUAACGUCGCCAUCCUUUUACUGCGCCUGCACAGUUUCACUGCCAUAACAACAGGAAACCAACCCAAUCUUUCAACAUAGAAGAAGCAAGAGAGUAUCCCGGUGUUGUGCCAAAAAGUGGAUUGCCUGCCAAAAACUGAUUUCCAAUGUUUGCGUGUGUUUUUUUUAUGUGUAAUAUCGUUACGUUGCUAAAUAGACUUUGGUGAACAGGUAUUACAA